AUGGUUCUUCACCAAUACGAUUACAUCUUCGCCAUCGGGACGAUAUUCGCCUUUCUGGAUGCCUGGAAUAUUGGCGCCAAUGAUGCCGCCAACUCCUGGGCGACGUCUGUCUCGUCGCGGUCGAUCAAGCUCUGGCAGGCCUUGAUUCUGGGAUCUAUCAUGGAGUUUGCUGGAGCUGUCGGUGUAGGAGACAGUGUUUCUGAUACGAUCCGGACAAAAAUCGUCGACGUCGAUGUAUUCGCCGAAAAUCCUCCCCUCCUGAUGCUUGGAAUGUGCUGCGCAGUGGUUGGCUCAGCUAUAUACCUCAGUAUCUGUACGAAAAUGGGUCUUCCAGUGUCCACAACUCACUCCAUCCUGGGAGGCGUCCUGGGAAUGGGUAUCGCGCUUAUUGGAGCCGAUAAUGUUAUCUGGUGGGGUGGUAAUAUCGAUUCUGGAGUGGUACAGGUAUUCCUUGCUUGGAUUAUCGCACCUCUGUUGUCUGGUGUGGCUGCUUCGUUGAUCUUCUUGAUCACUAAAUAUGGUAUCCUGCUGCGUCGGAACUCUGCACUCAAAGCGUUGUAUACUGUUCCGUUCUACUUCCUCCUGACCUCCGCCCUCCUGACUAUGCUUAUCGUCUGGAAGGGUGGUAGCAGCAGGAUCGACCUGGAGGGUGGUGAGAUUGCUGGCACUGUGGUGGGUGUUGGUGCUGGUAUCUCUGUCCUCUCUGCUAUUUUCCUUUGCCCCUGGCUCUACCGCCGGGUCAUCCUGAGCGACUGGCAACUCAAGCCCUGGCAUAUCAUCCAAGGCCCUCUUCUCCUACGCCGUGGUGAAGUGCCUUCUCGCCCUGCGCAUGUGAAGGCCGUUCGAAACUUCUAUGAAGGCCACAAGACCCUGGAUCAACUGCAAGCUGACCGAUCUGGCGAUGUCGAGAACAACAGUGAGCAUUCCUCUCGCGAUCCCAAGAGCGAGCCCCACGGUACUUCGAGCUCGGGUGAUGAUGCAGCUCAUACGAACGGUGAUGUUAUCAACCUCUGUGGUCCCCGUCCUGAGGGAGUUUGGUAUAGUCCUGCAGUUAUGUUCUGGCUAUUCAAGAAGGCCCUCUUCCGUGGUCUUGAGCAGGACAUUGUUAGCGCCCAGAAGAAGGACAGCAAGCUUGCGGGUGACCUCGAAAAGACCCACGCACACUCCGACCACUAUGAUAACGAAGCAGAGUACAUGUUUUCUUUCCUCCAGAUUCUGACGGCCUGUACGGCCGCCUUCACCCAUGGUGCCAAUGAUGUUGCUAAUGCUGUUGGUCCGUAUGCCACCAUCUAUGCUAUUUGGCGAAGUGGUGCCCUUGAAGGCGCCGAGACUCCUGUUCCCAUCUGGAUUCUUGUAUUCGGUGGUGCUUCCAUCACCAUCGGUAUCUGGACUUAUGGCUAUCACAUCAUGAGCUUCCUGGGUAACCGUCUGACCCUGCACUCUCCCUCCCGUGGGUUCACUAUGGAACUCGGUGCGGCCAUCGCUGUGAUUAUCGCCACCCGGCUGAGCCUCCCCGUCUCCACCACCCAGUGUAUCACCGGCGCUACAGUUGGCGUUGGCCUGUGCAACGGCACCUGGAGAACGAUCAACUGGAGAAUGGUCGCCUGGAUCUACAUGGGCUGGAUCAUCACCCUCCCUUGCGCCGGUAUCAUCUCCGGCUGUCUAGUUGGCAUCAUCGUGAACGCGCCUCGCUGGGGUAUGCCCUAG